GUACUCACAUCUGUGUGGACGUGAGGAAUAUGACUGCUGAGACUCUCAACUUCGGCCCAGAAUGGCUCCGUGCACUGUCCAGUGGGGGGAGUGUGACGUCCCCCCCUCCCUCCCCCGCCAUGCCAAAGUACAAGCUGGCCGACUACCGCUACGGCCGAGAGGAGAUGUUAGCACUUUAUAUCAAAGACAACAAGGUCCCGGAGGACAUGCAGGAUAAGGAAUUUGCUGCUAUUCUGCAAGAUGAGCCCAUGCAGCCGCUGGCACUGGUGCCUCUCACUGAGGAGGAGCAGAGGAACUUCUCCAUGUCUGUGAAUAGUGUGGCUGUUCUGCGGCUCAUGGGAAAGGGGGCGAGCGGAGCUGCCCCGGCCGGAGCGGUGCGAGGACGGGGCGCCGCAAGAGGCAGCAGAGGCCGGGCACGCGGCGAAGGUGGAUUCUACCAAAGAAGUAUUGAAGAUGCCGAGGUUGGUUUUGGUCGGAGCUCCAGAGAGAUGCACCGUAGCCAGAGCUGGGAUGACCGAGGUGAGCGUCGAUUUGAGAAGCCGCUUCGACGGGAGGUGGGCCGCCCUGGCUUUGAGGAGUCUGCAGGUCCCGGGGGUUCCGGGAGGAAGGAGUACACAAGGGCUGACAGCGAUAACUGGCGCACCCUCCGGGAGGAGCAGGAGGGGGAGGAGGGCGAGCCGGCAAGCAGUUGGAGAGUUGCUGGACCCCGCAGGGACGAUGGCGGUCCCCGCUCAGCAGGCUGGCGGGAUCACGGCGGUCCAGGUGACAGUCGCCGCCGCAAAUUCGAUUUUGACUUCGGGGGUCCCGAGAACCUGGGCGGUAGUCGCCGGCGCGCCGGCAGCGACGGGCCGGAGGACGACAGGGACGGCCUGCCUGAGUGGUGUAUGGAUGAGGAGGACGGAGGAAUGGGAACGUUUGACUCCUCUGGCGCGUUCAUGCCCAUGAAGAAGGGUGGCAAGGAGACAAUCCUGGAGGAAGAGUUGGAGUUCAAGGGCACUGAGGAGGAAGAGGAAGAGGAGAGUCCUCCCGACACGGAGAGAAACGGCGGUGAUGGAGACAAAGAUAAAGAGAGUAAGGAAUCCCCAUCAGCUGCAGUCGACGGGGAGGCAAAGCCAGCGGCGCCUUCCUCCUCCCCCCCUGCCCAUUGUGCCCCUCCAUCCCUGGAGCCCCAGCCCAGCAACAGCGGCCCAACAGCGGACACGGCUCAGCUGAGCAGCAGCCACCCUUUAAAGGAGAGUAGCCCACCAAGUGAAGGAUCCAAAAGCCAGGUGAGCCCAAAUACUGCCACCCCCUCAGUGCUGCCUCCACCACCGCCAUCUUCUGCUGCUCCACUCCUCCCUACGUCCGGGGUAGGAGACACUGAGGACGACGAGGGCAUGAAACACCUGCAACAGGAGGCGGAAAAGAUGGUGGCAUCGUUGCAGGAUACAUCUUUAGAAGAGGAGUGUUUCACGCAAGCUCUACAGCAGCAGCAGCAGCAGGAGAGCAGGAACACCGCAGCCGCUCUGCCUCUGUCGCACGAGGCCGCCAUGAAGUGGUUCUACAAGGACCCGCAGGGAGAGAUUCAGGGGCCGUUCACCACCGUGGAGAUGUGCGAGUGGUUCCAAGCAGGCUACUUCACCAUGACCCUUUUGGUCAAGCGGGGCUGCGACGAGGGCUUCCAACCCCUGGGCGACGUCAUCAAGAUGUGGGGCCGCGUGCCCUUCGCCCCGGGGCCCUCCCCGCCGCCCCUGCUGGUGAGACAGCCACCACCGACGCAGCGCCCGCAGCCCAGCAGGGGGCCCGCCGGGACUGUGAGUCAGAGCUCAGCCAACAUAGACGAUGGGAAGGGGUGGAUGCACAAGGGAGGGAAGAUGGAUAGACAGGCCACGGGAAACCUGGACCAGGAGCGUCUGAAAAAACAGCAGGAGCUGGCGGCGGCAGCUCUUUAUCAGCAGCUCCAACAGCAGCAGUUAUUCCAGCUCAUUAACAGGUGCAGUGAGCAGGGUAUGAUGCCUUCGAUGAAUAGGUCAAUGUCAGUGCCAGAUACAGGGUCCAUGUGGGACAUGUAUACCUCAGCUUCACAGCCGUCAGGUGGUGAAGCCAGUCUUUGGGACAUAAUGAAUCGUUCUACUCAGGGUCCAACUCUGGAACAGCUUCAAAAGCUCCAGCAGGAGAGGCGAGACGCUGAACUCAGGGCGAAGCGGGAGGAAGAGGAGCAGCAACGCAAGAGGAGGGAGGAGAAGAGGAGGCAACAGGAGGAGCAAAAGAGAAGGGAGGAUGAAGAGCUCUUCAGGCGCAAGCAGGAGCUGAUUCUGAAGUUGCUGCAGCAGGCCCCACAGCAGCAGGGGCCAGUGGGAGGCAGCGUCAGCUGGAGCGGGGCAUCUUCCUCUGGGCUCUCGAAAACGGGGAAGCCCCUCUCUUUGCUGGAGAUGCAGCAGGAGACGGAAAGACUCCUGAAGCAGCAGCAGCAUCAGCAGCAGAGAGUCCAGCAGCAGAGGGAGCGGCACUCGGGCAUGUCAAUGGGCAGUUCCUCUAUUGGAGGCCAGUGGGGGGACGGCGUUGGCAUCUGGGGUGGGCCUGGAGGCAUGGAGGGCAAAAGUGGCAGCAUCGGCAUGUGGGAAGAGGCUGUGAAGAACCAGGCCAGCCUGCGCGGUAACAGCAACAGUAGCUUGGGCUUAAAGAACAGUCGCAGCAGCCCUUCACUCAGUGAGCAGUACAUGAUGCGUCGUAAGCGCACAGAUGAUGAGGAGAAUCUGCUGAAGCUGUUGCAGGGCAUGAAGCCUCAGGACGGCUUCACCACCUGGUGUGAGCAGAUGCUGCACACCCUCAACACGUCUGCCAGCAACUCCUCUUCUCUGGAUGUUGCUACGAUUGUGGCCUACCUGAAGGGGGUGGAGUCUCCCUUGGCAGUGUUGGACUUCAUCCAGUCCUACCUGGGGGACACAGUGGAAGCCAAAGAGUUCACCAAACAGUUUCUGGAGCGACGUGCCAAACAGAAGGGCAACCAACAGAGACAGCAGCAGCAGCUGUCAAAGGAAGUGGCUGGCCUGAACAUGAACUUCCCUCUGCAGGACACGAUGCGAGGUAUGAACGCUAGCGCCCUGCAGUCAAUGUUCCAGGCCAAUCACAUGGGCAAGGCUGGUCUCUAUGACAACCAAGGAGGGAAGAUGAAAAAAAAACAGCCCAUGAUGCUGCACUCGGAUCCCAGCAUCUUAGGCUACUCAUUCCACAGUACGGCCGAGUGUCUGAGCCUAAAUGAGAUGGAGAUGGUGGAGGAUUACUGAUGUGACGCAGCGCAGCAGCAAUAGCUACCUGAGGCCUUUUUUGUCUUUUAAUCAGACAAACCUGAUGACGAAUGUGCACUGCUAGGGGAACCCGGGGGGGGUGGGGAGGUGCUGGGGGAAGGGAGCAGGACUAAGAGGAGGUACGAGGCGGUUUGGGGGGGAGGGGCGAGGCUUGUCUGCGCCACUCCUCUUGGGGUUGUGACAAAAAGGGGGCUCCUUGCUGCACCAGUUGAGCAGGGGCAACGGGGGCGGGGUGGGGGCAUGGGUUUCAAAGAAACAUGGGUAUCCUCUGGCACUCAACAUUUUAAGCACCUUAUACUGAACUAAUGCACUUUAUUGAGAUGGGAUUUGAAUAUUUCUUUUUCGUCUGUGUGUGAUUUGUGACUGCGUGUGUGUGCGUGCGCGCUCAGAAUCGGUGUGCACGCGGUAUGUGUGCAUCACAACUGGAAGUGUUAACACGGGCGGGGGUCUUGGGGGGUGGGGGGGUCGGGUGUCGAGCGUUUCAAAGUCGGGGACCUUUAAGUUGAGAGCAAAUCCUUUUUCUCGAAAGACAAACACUGUUGAUAUUUCUGUUUUGCAUUUUUUUACGUUUAUAUGAAAAAAGUAAAGCUAUUGAAAAGUGGAUUAUAAAAACUUGAAGAUUUGCACUUGCCUAAAAAAAAACAAAACAAAAAUCGGAAAAAAAAGAGUUAGUGAUAGAAGUGGAUAUUUUUGUGAAUGUGUCCGAAUGACUGAUGUGUGAUUGAUUUUUUUUUUGUCCGUAAUAUACCAGUGUGCACAAUGUCUUUUUUUUUUAUAAGUUGCUUACCAUUAGUGUGAGACGAAAGUGGCCAUUCUUGAGUUGUUUUGGUCUAAUGUUUAUUUUGUACUUUGAUGUUUGUGUGCGUGCGCAUUGAGUAAGAGAGAGGGCAAUUGCACAACACAUCCUUUCUCUUUGCAGCUCUGUCUCUCUGUCUCUCUCCGCUUUUGUGAUAAAACUGUCACGUUUGAAUGACUUGGGGAGAUCACCGGAGAAGAUGAUCGCGGGCUUGUGAGUUCAUUUGCUGUUGAAAGAAAUGAGUUGAGACGACAGGUACUCAUUUUCAAUUGUGCUUUUGUGUGUGCGUGUGCGUGCCUGGGUGUGUGAAUGCACAUUUGUGCCUAAGAACUUGGAUCGGGUGCAUGGCCAUUGAGACAUUAGCUCUUUUUCAGAGUGAGUGUGACGUGUGUCGGUGCUCAGCACAGUGUAUGUCAAGUGUGUGUGUGUGUGUUUUUAUAUAUAUAUGAAUAUAUAUAUAUAAAUAUAUCGUUGGUGUUUCUGGUUCGUUCUGGGGGUGAUCCAUUGGUGGGGUGCGAUCACGUUGCCUUUUGUUAGCUCGAACUUGUGAAUGAAAGGUUGAGGGAAAAAAAGAAAAGAAAAAUUGCAGCAUCCUAACGGUGCAUGUAAGGUUAGCAUUGUUACUUGUUCGUUGUUGCAAUUUGAUAAUGACGAGUUUUCCUUUUUUUAUGAGAAAUAUAUACAAAUAUAUACAUUAUAUACAAAGUUUAAAAAGUAUUUGGACUAAGAUAAUGAGCACUUGGGGCUGCUAUUUUUGUUGUGAUACUUUUUUUUGGUUUUGUUUCAUUCUCGCCAUGUGAAGUGUAUUUCUUUCUUAAGAAAAUAUUGAAUGUAUUCCAAAAAAUGACAAGAAACCCGUGCUGAUAUUUUUUUUUUCCUCAGAAGAUUUAAAAAAUGGAAACAAAACACAAGAAAGCUUCAUAGAGGAUUUUUUUUCUAAGUACACAGUGGAGGAGGGAAAAAAAAAGAACUGUGGAUAGAUACCGUUGAACACACUGCCUCUACAAUCCUGAUCGUACAAAUGGUGACUAAGAAUUAAAAGAAAGGACGAUUUCUAUUCCAUACUGGAGCUUUGGUUGUUUACAAAACCACACGGAUAUCAGUGGGCGCGUCCCCCAUCAACGUCUUUUUGUUUUUGUUUCCCAUGUUCAAUGGGCAGAGUUUGCAAGUGCGCUUCUGCCAUUGUGGACACUGAGUGAUGUUCUUGAGGCAAGAUGGACAACGUUGCUGCCUAACUGGAGCUUUUUGGGACUGCGAUGCGGAGUGAGGAUAUCCAAGGAUUGGCCUCUGUUGUCUUGUUUUUUUUUUUGUUUUUUGUUUUUUCUCUCCUGGUGCGUGGAACGGAGUGCAGGGAGACACCAGUCGGAAAAGGAACUGAGAGGCAAUACGAGUCCCGGGCUCAGUCCUCGCCAGCACUCACCCUGCCCUAACCAACUCACCUAUGCACUUUUGUUUGAAUUCAAGCUGUGAGGUACCAUUUUUUGGGGGGGACGGGAGCACAACGGGAGGAUGAUGGCGUCACUGAAAAGAAAUUUCCGAAAAUGAACUGAGAGACUGGAGCCUCCUGUACAUAACCAUAUUUUUCUAUCACCUUUCAGAGUAGACUACAAGACGGCUUGCGGACAGAUGAAGGAAAACUCAUGACGCGCCAUUUAUGUCAGUGACUUUUAUUUUUUAAGAAAUCCUUUUUUUUUUUUUUACCUUCGCCCCCCUGGAGUUAGAUCACUUAAGCGGGACUCUUAGCAAAUGGAUGUUGCUGUGGCUAUGAGAUUGCUUUGACACGACCACACAAGGUCCGAACCCGUGGCACUGUAGUUUGCCUGCGUGCCACUUUGCCUGCAAUCGUCAGUCAACCAGAUUAGACCCGACCCAGCGAACUCUAGCCUUUUGCAGCUUCCUGGAAAAAAAAAAAAAAGCGGGCUAACGUGAGGACAACGGAUUCAGUCUGUGAGCCAUGACACCAUCGUCACCCACCUCGGACGGGCUGCUCCGAAGUGGGUCCUAACCUACCAGCAGGCCCUGUUUGGAUGACAAGGACAAAAGGCCGGUUUGGCUUCGAGUGGAUAACGAACCGCCACGAGGCUCUGCAGCCGUGGAUUAGGCUGGACUGAAAACUUGUACAAAAAGACAAAAAAAAAAACAA